AUAUAUAUUCGUUGUUCCUUCAAACAUCAGGUAAAAGCUGUCUUUUCUCAAUUUUCUUUCAUUUCUUUUUUAUUUAAUUGUAUGCACGGACUUGCACGACAGAAAGGUUUUACGCGUCUGGUGGAUACAUUUGUUGAGUUAAUAAGUAUAUGGACCAAUUCCAUGCAUGGUACUAAUCAUGUUUGUGCAUGGAAAACUAUAUACUAGUGUAUGUCAGUAUGAGGUUAGUUGAAUUUUUCGCAGAGCUAUAUAUAUUUUGAAUUUGACCACGGAUAUGAUUGUCGUUUGCCUUUUAAAACUUAUCCUUGCAGACGAGAUACGAUUAGUAAUUUAAGAAACAAAUUCAAAUAUGAAUAUGCAUUCGCGGGUUGAGCAGGUAAUCCUGCGUGUAGUAAAACAAUUCUCUGACAAGCUUUGACAUUGAACCUCAACCCUUGCGGUUUGUUCUGGACACAUUUUAAACACGACAUUGUGUAUUACGACGUUACAAUUAUAUUGUACAUGCAAGGAAAUAAUCUAAUAACUUUCGGUGGAGGAAAAUUAUUUUUUAGCGUCGCUGCUUCAUAUAUUUUAUGCAGUGAGACAGGUACUUUUGUGUAUUGGUUUGAAUAUCCUCAAAUAUUCAGACGAAAGCGUUUCAAACAAUCGAAACAAACCUGAAAGCAGAGCAAGGAGUGAAAAUGGAAAACACAAUCAAGAGUGAUCAAAAUUUCGAAGCGGAAAGAGAUCAAAUCGAAGAAAGACACAGACUUGAGAUCCUUAAUCUUCUAAAAAGUUUCGAGUUCGAGAGGAAAGAUAUUGAGUCGAGAGUCCGUUGUGAAUUUGAAAAUAAAGAAAAUGACGGGGUGCAAAAUUCACAAACAAAUGAUUUUGAUAAAGAACUCUUUUAUUCAAACGAGGAAAAACAGGAAAUUGACGAGGAGAAGCAGCAAUUAUUACUAAAGAUAUCGGAACUGGAGGAAAGGAUACGCGAGCAAAGUAAAGAUAAUUCUCAUUCAGUAGUUUCGUCUGCAGAUAAUAACAUAUCAACAAGUCUUGGCAAAGAUAGCUUAGAAAAUGAGAAAAUCCACCAAAGUCAUCAGGCAUCUGACGAAACUCAAGAUACAGAGUUAAACACAAACGUUACCACUAAAUCUUUAUCCUUGCUGGAAAAGGAAAAUUUGAAACUUGAGGCAGAUUUGAGUGAGAGCCGAAGUCAAAUAUUGCAUUUGAAAGGCCAAGUUGAGAGUUUCAAUAAAAGAUUGCAGGAUAUUGAAAAGUUUUGUGAAGAUGAGAAAAUUCCAUCCAAUAAAAGAGACAUUCUUCAAAAAAUACUUCGUGGAGAUCCUGAAGAAACCACAUCACCUGACGUUUUCCAGUCCCCUGGAUACAGCUCGGAGGCUCAUGAGAAAUCUUUGGAUGACACUUCGUUCACUGCUGAAAUACCACACCGCACAAGCUCGGUGCUUAGUUUCCAACUUGAGGAAUUGAAUUUAGAAAAUGAAGAUUUAAAAACCAAUGUCCGUGAGUUGGAACAGAAACUACAAAGAACUGUCGAGGAAAAUGAGAUACGUCUCAAUGUUUUGAACGACAAACUGAACGGAAUCGUUGAAAAGAUUGUUUCUAGCGAAACAAAUGACCAAUCUGCAUUUAUGCAAACCAUUGUGGAAGAACUCAAUGAUAUUCGUUUGGAAAAAACUUCACAUGAUAUUUUAGAAGAAUAUGUGGGUAUAAUUCUGAGACAAAAGCUGACAGCCCCAUCGCCGGAUCUUCUUAACGAGAAUUUCUGUCAUGAAUUACAAUCACUUGAACAAAUGUUGGACAUUGAGAUUUUUGACGGUCGUACUUUUGACCAGGAAAUGAAAGACGAAGUUAAACAAGUAUUUAGAGAUAAAGAAAAAGAACUCCUGAUCUCCUACACGCUGGAGAAACUUCGAGAUGAGAUCCGCCAUCGUGAAACAACAGAAGGCAAUUUGGAGGAAUUACGAAAGGAAAGAGAGCGGGAUUUCUCUAUGCAUCAGGCGGUAAAUGAGGUAUUGAAGAUGCACUUAGGGAUCUAUGAUGAUGGAGGUAGAAAUGAGCAGGUUGAUAAUCAAACAGAAAAUAUGGUCUCCAAAGAACAGCCUAAAGCAAUGGUUGAUAAUAGUGAAGCGGUGAAUAAGAUUUUGAGAGAGCAUCUGGGGAUUGAGAAUGAAGGUGAUGAAAGAUUGGCUGUGACUGAUUCAUUCGAAGAAAAAGAAGAAAACAGUGCAGAGAAUGGGACUAACACUGUUCAUCUCGAAGUUCUAAAGGCCGAAAAAGAAAAUCUUGAAAGAAUUUUACAAGAACUGCAAGACCAUUUUGAAAAGGAGCGUCAGAACUGGCUUGAAAAGUUGGAAAGUCCAUUAAUGAAAGGUGAUUCGAAUAAUCUUGAAGACAAGGAUAAAGUUAUUCAACGUCUACAUUCUCAGAAAGUUCUCAUGGAACAAAUAUUAAAUACAGAAAGAUUCAACAUGGGUCGUUUGUAUUUCGUGGAGAUGAAGGAUGAGUUGGAGUCUUGUUUGAAACAGCACAAGUUCGAUCGUAGCACGAAACUUGAAAAAGAAAGGCUUGUUGAUGCCUGGAAACAUCAUGCGGAAAUUGGAGAACUUUAUCAAGAGAUUUUGAGCAAGGAAAAUGAAAGUAUUCAAAACUUGCACAUGGCCACCAAAGAGGAGAGCACUUCAGAAAAUGGCGCCUUGCCGGAUGAUUCAUCACGCAACGAACUAAACCGAGAACGUUGUAGAAUAGAACAGCAACUACCAGUUAAACUUGAGCUGUUGAACCUACAGAAAAGACGAUGUCGCGAUCAUAAGGCCGCAAGUGUAAUUCUAGAACAGGCUGUAGUUGCCUUGGAAACGGCCGCGCAAGAGCAAGAUAAGUUGCUUGUCAGUGCGGAUUACUUCCGGCGGAAGUCGAGCUGGUCAAGCAUUGAUGAAGAAAUAGACAGUCCCAGUAUCCUCCAGAAGAAUGUUUCAACACAAGAGCACGAUCAGAGCAAUAGAGAUGUACCCUCAUGCAAAAGAAGAAGUGAUGGAGUCGAAGAAAAUUCAAGCACGAAAGACGUUCUCGCUGAUGCUUUGGUCAAAGUGUUUCAAAAGGUUCUACAGAACCAACAAAAUAGCAGCGAUCAACAGACAGAUUCGUACACAAGUGACAGCGAGCAAAGCGAAGUGGAAACAUCGUCAACGCGUGAUGUCCAUAGUGAUGAUGAGGGUUCUCUUAAGAAAGAUGAAGAUGAUGCAUCUGUAAAUAACAGUCCGCGACCCGCGGGAACAAAAUCCUCAGAAGAUGCUGAAAGCCAACCGGAAUCCGAUGAAAACAAGCCGGACUCGCACGAACGCACUGGCUCAGCUCCUGAGAUAUUUAAACUUCCUCCACAGAUUGAAAAUAUUCUUAGUAUGGAGAGGUUUAACAUGAGUCGUUUACUUCGUGACGAGUAUAUUGACAAAAUCAGACGAGGGAAGCAAAAAUUGCGUCAGGUUAGGGCGAAAAGUAACCGUUGCAAUCCGGAAUUAGUUUCAGACUUUCAUGACGAAGUGAAAGCUUUGUUAGAAACUGUGGAGUUGGAAGAGGAUGGAGAGAAAUUGCUAGCCUCGAGAAAAAAAUUGACAACAACUCCAAGUUAUGAUAGUGGUAUCGUUGAUCCUGUUGAUCAGGAUAAGGAGGAGAUUGUCAAGAAGUAUAAGGAGUUAUUGGAAAAAGCAAGGAGAGAUUUGAAUCUUGCUCAUCGAGCUUUGAAAACGAGAAAUAUAGGAGGAGAGGAAAUCAAAGCUGAAAUAAACGCAAUGAAAAGAAGCGCUAAAGAAGCCAAAAAUGAUUUGGAUGAAAUGGAAGAGAAACAAAGUGCGUUGAAUCUAGAUCGUAGCGUUUUGUUAGAAAAGAUAAAAGAUGCCAAAGAUUCUGAAAGUAUCGAUCUCGGAGGAGGAAGCUCUGACAAAGAGGGCGAGUCAAAGGUAAGAAAAGGACUCCCAAAUACGAUGCAAAGUAAUGCAGAAGCAGCAGAUAUUUUAGCUGAAAUACAAGACAAACUGGAAAAAAACAUUGAACAAAAGGCUGUUUUGCAAGCAAGAUGUACAGAACUCGAAGACAAGGUGGCCUCGAUGGAUAAAGAAACUACCGAUAUAAUUAAAGAGAAAGAAAAUGCGAUUACAGAUUUGCAGAAAAAGUUGGUAAGUGGAACAGGAUGUGAAGAAAUACUGGCUGAAUUACAAGAUGAUCUUGCGAAAGAGAAAGAAGAAAAAACUGCUUUAAAAGCAAAAUGUACUGAACUCGAAGAUAAAAUGGCCUCGCGAGAUCAAGAAACUGUCGAUGAAAUUAAAGAGAAAGAAAAUGAAAUUAGAGAUUUGCAGAAAAAGUUGGUAAGUGGAACAGGAGGUGAAGAAAUACUGGCUGAAUUACAAGAUAAUCUUGCGAAAGAGAAAGAGGAAAAGACUACUUUGAAAGCAAAAUGUACAGAACUCGAAGAUAAAAGGGCCUCGCGAGAUCAAGAAACUGCCGAUGAAAUUAAAGAGAAAGAAAAUGAGAUUAGAGAUUUGCAGAAAAAGUUGAUAAGUGGAACAGGAGGUGAAGAAAUACUGGCUGAAUUACAAGAUAAUCUCGCGAAAGAGAAAGAAGAAAAGAGUGCUUUGAAAGCAAAAUGUACUGAACUCGAAGAUAAAAUGGCCUCUAGAGAUCAAGAAAAUGCCGAUGAACUUAAAUGGAAAGAAAAUGAGAUUAGAGAUUUGCAGAAAAAGUUGGUAAGUGGAACAGGAGGUGAAGAAAUACUGGCUGAAUUACAAGAUAAUCUUGCAAAAGAGAAAGAAGAAAAGAGUGCUUUGAAAGCAAAAUGUACUGAACUCGAAGAUAAAAUGGCCUCGCGAGAUCAAGAAACUGCCAAUGAAAUUAAAGAGAAAGAAAAUGAGAUUAGAGAUUUGCAGAAAAAGUUGAUAAGUGGAACAGGAGGUGAAGAAAUACUGGCUGAAUUACAAGAUAAUCUUGCAAAAGAGAAAAAAGAAAAGAGUGCUUUGAAAGCAAAAUGUACCGAACUCGAAGAUAAAAGGGCCUCGCGAGAUCAAGAAACUGCCAAUGAAAUUAAAGAGAAAGAAAAUGAAAUUAGAGAUUUGCAGAAAAAGUUGGUAAAUGGAACAGGAGGUGAGGAAAUACUGGCUGAAUUACAAGAUAAUCUUUCAAAAGAGAAAGAACAAAAGAGUUCUUUGAAAGCAAAAUGUACUGAACUCGAAGAUAAAAUUGCCUCUAGAGAUCACGAAAAUGCUGAUGAACUUAAAGAAAGAAAAAAUGAGAUUAGAGAUUUGCAGAAAAAGUUGGUAAGUGGAACAGGAGGUGAAGAAAUACUGGCUGAAUUACAAGAUAAUCUUGCAAAAGAGAAAAAAGAAAAGAGUGCUUUGAAAGCAAAAUGUACAGAACUCGAAGAUAAAAGGGCCUCGCGAGAUCAAGAAACUGCCAAUGAAAUUAAAGAGAAAGAAAAUGAGAUUAGAGAUUUGCAGAAAGAGUUGGUAAGUGGAACAGGAGGUGAAGAAAUACUGGCUGAAUUACAAGAUAAUCUUUCAAAAGAGAAAGAAGAAAAGAGUGCUUUGAAAGCAAAAUGUACAGAACUCGAAGAUAAAAUGGCCUCUAGAGAUCAAGAAACUGCCAAUGAAAUUAAAGAGAAAGAAAAUGAAAUUAGAGAUUUGCAGAAAAAGUUGGUAAGUGGAACAGGAGGUGAAGAAAUACUGGCUGAAUUACAGGAUAAUCUUGGGAAAGAGAAAGAAGAAAAGACUGCUUUGAAAGCAAAAUGUACAGAACUGGAAGAUAAAAUGGCCUCUAGAGAUCAAGAAAAUGCCGAUGAACUUAAAUGGAAAGAAAAUGAGAUUAGAGAUUUGCAGAAAAAGUUGGUAAGUGGUACAGGAGGUGAAGAAAUACUGGCUGAAUUACAAGAUAAUCUUGCAAAAGAGAACGAAGAAAAGAGUGCUUUGAAAGCAAAAUGUACAGAACUCGAAGAUAAAAUGGCAUCUAGAGAUCAAGAAAAUGCGGAUGAACUUAAAGAGAAAGAAAAUGAGAUUAGAGAUUUGCAGAAAAAGUUGGUAAGUGGAACAGGAGGUGAAGAAAUACUGGCUGAAUUACAAGAUAAUCUUGCAAAAGAGAAAGAAGAAAAGAGUUCUUUGAAAGCAAAAUGUACUGAAGUCGAAGAUAAAAUGGCCUCGCGAGAUCAAGAAACUGUCGAUGAAAUUAAAGAGAAAGAAAAUGAAAUUAGAGAUUUGCAGAAAAAGUUGGUAAGUGGAACAGGAGGUGAAGAAAUACUGGCUGAAUUACAAGAUAAUCUUGCGAAAGAGAAAGAGGAAAAGACUACUUUGAAAGCAAAAUGUACAGAACUCGAAGAUAAAAGGGCCUCGCGAGAUCAAGAAACUGCCGAUGAAAUUAAAGAGAAAGAAAAUGAGAUUAGAGAUUUGCAGAAAAAGUUGGUAAGUGGAACAGGAGGUGAAGAAAUACUGGCUGAAUUACAGGAUAAUCUUGGGAAAGAGAAAGAAGAAAAGACUGCUUUGAAAGCAAAAUGUACAGAACUGGAAGAUAAAAUGGCCUCUAGAGAUCAAGAAAAUGCCGAUGAACUUAAAUGGAAAGAAAAUGAGAUUAGAGAUUUGCAGAAAAAGUUGGUAAGUGGUACAGGAGGUGAAGAAAUACUGGCUGAAUUACAAGAUAAUCUUGCAAAAGAGAACGAAGAAAAGAGUGCUUUGAAAGCAAAAUGUACAGAACUCGAAGAUAAAAUGGCAUCUAGAGAUCAAGAAAAUGCGGAUGAACUUAAAGAGAAAGAAAAUGAGAUUAGAGAUUUGCAGAAAAAGUUGGUAAGUGGAACAGGAGGUGAAGAAAUACUGGCUGAAUUACAAGAUAAUCUUGCAAAAGAGAAGGAAGAAAAGAGUUCUUUGAAAGCAAAAUGUACUGAAGUCGAAGAUAAAAUGGCCUCUAGAGAUCAAGAAACUGCCAAUGAAAUUAAAGAGAAAGAAAAUGAAAUUAGAGAUUUGCAGAAAAAGUUGGUAAAUGGAACAGGAGGUGAGGAAAUACUGGCUGAAUUACAAGAUAAUCUUUCAAAAGAGAAAGAACAAAAGAGUUCUUUGAAAGCAAAAUGUACUGAACUCGAAGAUAAAAUUGCCUCGCAAGAUCAAGAAACUGCCAAUGAAAUUAAAGAGAAAGAAAAUGAAAUUAGAGAUUUGCAGAAAAAGUUGGUAAGUGGAACAGGAGGUGAAGAAAUACUGGCUGAAUUACAAGAUAAUCUUGCAAAAGAGAAAGAAGAAAAGAGUGCUUUGAAAGCAAAAUGUACAGAACUCGAAGAUAAAAUGGCCUCUAGAGAUCACGAAAAUGCUCAUGAACUUAAAGAAAGAGAAAAUGAGAUUAGAGAUUUGCAGAAAAAGUUGGUAAGUGGAACAGGAGGUGAAGAAAUACUGGCUGAAUUACAAGAUAAUCUUGCAAAAGAGAAAAAAGAAAAGAGUGCUUUGAAAGCAAAAUGUACAGAACUCGAAGAUAAAAGGGCCUCGCGAGAUCAAGAAACUGCCAAUGAAAUUAAAGAGAAAGAAAAUGAAAUUAGAGAUUUGCAGAAAAAGUUGGUAAGUGGAACAGGAGGUGAAGAAAUACUGGCUCAAUUACAAGAUAAUCUUGCAAAAGAGAAAGAAGAAAAGAGUGCUUUGAAAGCAAAAUGUACAGAACUCGAAGAUAAAAUGGCCUCUAGAGAUCAAGAAACUGCCAAUGAAAUUAAAGAGAAAGAAAAUGAAAUUAGAGAUUUGAAGAAAAAGUUGGUAAGUGGAACAGGAGGUGAAGAAAUACUUGCUGAAUUACAGGAUAAUCUUGGGAAAGUGAAAAAAGAAAAGACUGCUUUGAAAGCAAAAUGUACAGAACUGGAAGAUAAAAUGGCCUCUAGAGAUCAAGAAAAUGCCGAUGAACUUAAAUGGAAAGAAAAUGAGAUUAGAGAUUUGCAGAAAAAGUUGGUAAGUGGAACAGGAGGUGAAGAAAUACUGGCUGAAUUACAAGAUAAUCUUGCAAAAGAGAAAGAAGAAAAGAGUUCUUUGAAAGCAAAAUGUACUGAACUCGAAGAUAAAAUUGCCUCUAGGGAUCACGAAAAUGCUGAUGAACUUAAAAAAAGAGAAAAUGAGAUUAGAGAUUUGAAGAAAAAGUUGGUAAGUGGAACAGGAGGUGAAGAAAUACUGGCUGAAUUACAGGAUAAUCUUGCAAAAGAGAAAGAAGAAAAGAGGGCUUUGAAAGCAAAAUGUACAGAACUGGAAGAUAAAAUGGCCUCUAGAGAUCACGAAAAUGCUGAUGAACUUAAAGAAAGAGAAAAUGAGUUUGGAGAUUUGCAGAAAAAGUUGGUAAAUGGAACAGGAGGUGAAGAAAUACUGGCUGAAUUACAAGAUAAUCUUGCAAAAGAGAAAGAAGAAAAGAGUGCUUUGAAAGCAAAAUGUACAGAACUCGAAGAUAAAAUGGCCUGUAGAGAUCAAGAAACUGCCGAUGAAAUUAAAGAGAAAGAAAAUGAGAUUAGAGAUUUGCAGAAAAAGUUGAUAAGUGGAACAGGAGGUGAAGAAAUACUGGCUGAAUUACAAGAUAAUCUUGCAAAAGAGAAAGAAGAAAAGAGUGCUUUGAAAGCAAAAUGUACAGAACUCGAAGAUAAAAUGGCCUCUAGAGAUCACGAAAAUGCUGAUGAACUUAAAGAAAGAGAAAAUGAGAUUAGAGAUUUGCAGAAAAAGUUGGUAAGUGGAACAGGAGGUGAAGAAAUACUGGCUGAAUUACAAGAUAAUCUUGCGAAAGAGAAAAGGGAAAAUACUGCUUUGAAAGCAAAAUGUACAGAACUCGAAGAUAAAAGGGCCUCGCGAGAUCAAGAAAUUGCCAAUGAAAUUAAAGAGAAAAAAAAUGAGAUUAGAGAUUUGCAGAAAAAGUUGGUAAGUGGAACAGGAGGUGAAGAAAUACUGGCUGAAUUACAAAAUAAUUUUGCAAAAGAGAAAGAAGAAAAGACUGCUUUGAAAGCAAAAUGUACAGAACUCGAAGAUAAAAGGGCCUCGCGAGAUCAAGAAACUGGCAAUGAAAUUAAGGAGAAAGAAAAUGAGAUUAGAGAUUUGCAGAAAAAGUUGGUAAGUGGAACAGGAGGUGAAGAAAUACUGGCUGAAUUACAAGAUAAUCUUGCAAAAGAGAAAGAAGAAAAGAGUGCUUUGAAAGCAAAAUGUACUGAAGUCGAAGAUAAAAUGGCCUCGCGAGAUCAAGAAACUGCCAAUGAAUUUAAGGAGAAAGAAAAUGAAAUUAGAGAUUUGCAGAAAAAGUUGGUAAGUGGAACAGGAGGUGAAGAAAUACUGGCUGAAUUACAAGAUAAUCUUGCAAAAGAGAAAGAAGAAAAGAGUGCUUUGAAAGCAAAAUGUACUGAACUCGAAGAUAAAAUGGCCUCUAGAGAUCAAGAAAAUGCCGAUGAACUUAAAUGGAAAGAAAAUGAAAUUAGAGAUUUGCAGAAAAAGUUGGUCAGUGGAACAGGAGGUGAAGAAAUACUGGCUGAAUUACAGGAUAAUCUUGCAAAAGAGAAAGAAGAAAAGAGUGCUUUGAAAGGAAAAUGUACAGAACUCGAAGAUAAAAUGGCCUCGCGAGAUCAAGAAACUGCCAAUGAAAUUAAAGAGAAAGAAAAUGAGAUUAGAGAUUUGCAGAAAAAGUUGGUAAGUGGAACUGGAGGUGAAGAAAUACUGGCUGAAUUACAAGAUAAUCUUGCAAAAGAGAAAGAAGAAAAGAGUGCUUUGAAAGCAAAAUGUACAGAACUCAAAGAUAAAAUGGCCUCGCGAGAUCAAGAAACUGGCGAUGAAAUUAAAAAGAAAGAAAAUGAGAUUAGAGAUUUGCAGAAAAAGUUGGUAAGUGGAACAGGAGGUGAAGAAAUACUGGCUGAAUUACAAGAUAAUCUUGCAAAAGAGAAAGAGGAAAAGACUGCCUUAGAGAGAAAAUGUAAAGAACUCGAAAACACUGUUAUCUCAGGAGACGAAAAAAUUGCGUAUGAAAUUGGAAGGAAAGAAAAUGAGCCAGAUGAUGUUGUGAUGAGCGAAGAACAGCGGUUACAAAUAAUACCAGAAUUGCGGGAAGAGAAGGAGUUCUGGCAGGAAAAAUAUUUAGCAUUGGGAAUGAAAGUAGGCGAACCGUUCGUGCGGAUAAUCCCGGAGGUAUGGAGCGAGGAAGCACAAUUAAAACACGAACGUGAGGAAGUUUUAUCGUCGCUCUCAAAAUUAAGACAAGAACUUCUCCAGAAAGAGACUCCGGUGAUGAAAUCAGUUUCUAAAAAAGAAAGAAUUGAAUCCGGUUUAAUAAAAGUUGAAGAUCAACUUGAAACGUGUAAAAUGAAUUUAGGGUCUUUGCGUGAUAUACAAACGGAAGAGGAAAUCCUUGAUCAGAAUAGCGAGAAAUUGAAUGAUUGUUUACAUGAGUUAGAAGACCUGAGACUCGAUCACUCAGGGGAAAGUUUCAGAAAUGGGGAGAAAGGUGACAAAGCUAAGAUUAUUCGCGAUUGCAGUGAUAAAGAGUCACUAGAUAGAAAAAUGGAACAUUUGUACAAUGAAAUAAAAGAACUUAAAUCCGAACACGAAAAUUUAAAGCACAUGAAAAGUAAAGAAAAUGAUUUGUUACUCGACGAAAAAAUCAAUGCACAAAAUGAGAUUGAAGAAAUUGAGGAGGUGGUUAAAAAAUUACAAAACGGGUUUUCAACUCCUUAUGAGUCAAAACACAUCCUCGAUCUUGAUGGAGCCAUCAGUGGUGAGGAUCAAGCUGAUGAUUUGAAUACUGAGCUUGAAAAAAUACAACGUGAAAUUAAUGUACUUCAAUCGUCGCUUGAAAAUGCUAGCUCGAGCGGAGGUCAGGAAGUUGACAAUUUACUUGCUCUUGUCAAAGAAAAGUCAAAACUUGAGGACGAACUUACAGAUACGGAGAAAUCAUUGAAUCAACUUGGGAAACGGGAAUACGAGGCUUUAGUGAAGGAAAGAGAGACCCAUGAGAAAGUUGCAAAUAAAUUAUUAGAACUUUCACGUGAGAAGGAAUUAGCCGAGGGCGAACUGCGGGAGUUGGAAACACUGACUAAAGAAAAAGAGGAUGAACUUUUGAAAAGUUUUAAUACGGAAUUAAGGAAGAAUGAAACGCCGGAGAACGCAAGUAAGAAGAGGAGAGGUUUUAGAAGGAAGAAGAGUAGCUUUGAAAUAAAGUCAUCGGAUUCUGAAAGAGCUUCUUCAUCAGAGGAAGGAUUUUCUGAGAUUGAAUUGGCAGAACCGUACUUGAGCUCCGAAGCUACACUCGCUGUAAGCGAAGAACUUGGUGCUUUGAUUCAAAGGAAAAGUUCUCUUGCUGUUCGUUUGGAGGGAUUGAGUAAAGAAAUCACAGCACAAUCUUUGAAAGUUGAGAAAUCACUUCUUGGAGUGAAGGACGAUGAUUCAAGUGGGCAGCUACCAAUUGGUGCUUCGAUGGAGGAUCUCACUCAAAGUCAGAUGUCAAUUUUUGAUGAUUAUAACAUGAUCGAUGAGUUAAGUGUGGCAACAAGUAUUGUCAGAGAUGAAAGACUUAAGAGGAAAUCUUCACGGAAAGCACCCAUGUCAAAGCUUUUGAAAGAAAAAUCAACAAUGGAAAAGAAGCUCAAGGAAUUGGAAGGUAAAGUGUUGGCUAAAAAUACGAAAGUUAAGAAUGCUUUGAAAGAAGGGAAAGUUUCCGGACAUCUAAAGGAAAAAUUUGUUCAGGUUGUUGAAGAGAGAAAAACACUCGAGAGUGAUCUUGCGAAUUUGUGCUCGAAAAUUGAUGAGCUUUCGUCGGACGAAAGUUUGCCCAAGAGUAAGAAAGAGAAAACAGCUGAGAAGAAAGGCGCAAAAUCAUUGUCCAAGAAUGAUAAAAGACGGUUGUUAUCCCAACGUGAGAGCCUGUGUAAGCAGUUAGACGCUAUAAAAAAGAAAAUCGAAAAUUUCAGCGUAGAUGGAGAAGAUGCGGACUUGGCUGAUUUUCCAGAAAUGAGUGAGGCGGAAAGUGUGGGAAGUACUGUGGAAAGAUUGCGAGAAUUAAUUACUCGCGAAGCUGUACUUCAACAAGGCCUGAAUCGACCACCCACGAAGAAUGAUUCCGAGACUGCAACAACAUUGGAUGAUCCUAGCGACCCAGGGAAACAUGUUGAUAAAGAGGUACACACAGAGAUUCCUCCCUCUGGUGUUUCCGAUGAACAUGACGAAGAAGCUUUGAAUGUAGGGGACAGAGAUGAACAAUUCGAUGAGAAGGGAACGCUUAAGGAAAUGUUUAAAGAACUUGGAGAUCAAGUUCAAAAUUUGUCAAAUUCAGAAAUAACCCCUACAUCAGCAGGACCAGGACCUUAUUCAAAGGAUAUGAAGAUGGAACAAGAUGUUAUGAAAGCGGAAAGCUCUGCACCAUAUUCUGACGUUAUGCGUUUACUCAAUCAGGAGAUGAUAAAGAAGAAGACGAAACUGCGUGGCAUUGAACAAGAAAUUGAAAAAGAGAAGAAUAAUGAUGAUGGAAAUAAAGACGUAAAUCUUGUUUAUCAAAGAAAACGGGAAGAUCUUCAAAACGAAACAGAGGAAGCUUUGAGCUUACUUAAACAGAGGAAAGAAGUAAUAAAUGAAUCAAAGGAUGCAAUACGAAAAGCAAGCAACGCGUAUAAUGAAAAUCUAGAACAGGUUCUUGAAGAGGAGUGUAUUGCUCUAGAAAAAGAAAAGAAAAAGUUGGAGAAAGAUUUGCGAGAUGUGAAGGAUGACCUAGACAGACAAACUGAAAAUGGGAAAGGUUUGGAAAAUAUUUCAGAUGAGUACCAGGUAUAUAAAGAACUAAAAAACGAAGAACAAGAUCUCAGUGAAACGUUGGACGCACUAAAUGAAAAAAUUGAAAAAAGAAAAGGCUGGAUAACCACGAAUAGCUCAGAAGACGCAGAUAAUGAAAAUCUGGGAGAAACAUAUAAAGACGUGAUAAAGCGGAUGUCGGAGGAAAAUCUUACUAUGACUCAGCUUAUUUACGAACUGGAAGAAACCAAAGAAACGUUGUCAAAAGAACGAGAGAUAACCAGGGAACUACUUGAUCUCAUUAAAUCUAGAGUUGGAAACGAAUUGCUUGAAGCUUUGAUGGGAGAAGGUUUGCAAAGUCCUUCCGUUGAAAUCUGUGAAAAAGGCAUGUUUAAGAGAGACGAAUUUCAAGAAUUGGUCGAAAAAGUUGAAAAUGACACGGUCACAGUUGCAAAAAUAAUUGAAGAUUAUAAGAAAGUUAACCAGUUCUUGUUCAAUGAAAACCAGAAAGUCUUCCAAAAGAUUGAGUUGUUGAGAAUUAAGGUUGGCGAGGACCUUUUUAAUUCAAUUGUUGACCAAAAGGUCGAUGAUAUUGAUAUUUACAGGAAAAAUGAAAUAUCUAAAAUUUUAGAAAAUAACAACACGUUGUUCGACCAAAUUGUCUGCAACGUUAGAGAUCAAGAGGACACUGCACAGGAGAUGGUUCAGAUGAAAGAUCAAAAUGAACGUUUGAAAAUGGAAUUGGAAGGUGUUAGAAAAAUGAAUCAAGAGGAAAACGGGAUCAAAAAUGUUUUGAAUAAAAUGAAAGAAAAAGUAAAUGAUAUUUCAGUACACAUGGACGAAGCAAGAGGAAGAAGAAAAAAACUUGUCCGGAAAUUUGAAGAGUUUACGAUAGGUCAAAAUAUGUCCAACAAUGUUGUCAGAAAAGAUGGAAAAGGUCAUAAAGAAACUACAAUCGAAAAUCUUACAGAUAGACUAAAUGAACCCACAAGUUCUAUGGAGGAUGUAUCGAUAUGGAAUAAACAGGAAUCGAUUGAACUCGAGGGAGACGCUUCAAAGGAACUCGUCAAGAAAGAGCUAAAUGAAAAUCAAACUCAGUCAAACUUGUCGAAAGAAGAGGAUGAAUUAAUGACUUCAGAAAUGGAAGUAAUUCUUGAAGAUGUUAAGUCGUGUUUGCAAGAAGCGGACGAUUUGGGAGCUAAACUUGACAGUGAGAUGGAAAUAUUGCAUUUGAAUCUAAUUAACGGUAGUGAUUUGAAAAAUGAAUGUGAGACUGAAGACUCGGAAGGUAUGGAAAGAGAGGACGAUAUGAGACAAAAUGAGUACAACAAGGAAUAUUCUCAGGAUAUUAGGGGAUAUGGUGAGGGUGUGCGUGAACAGGACGAUGAAGAAAUUAAUAAAAAGAUAUCCAGUGUAGAAAAUCUCCAGAGAGCAUUCCAGGUUAAGUUAGACGAAGUUCAAGAAUUACAAGAAAAGUUUAAAAUGAAAAAAAUUCAGGAUGAAAAUGCAAAGCUUGAAGCGAAAUCGCAAAGUUUGGAAAAAGAGAAAGAAGCCCUCGACGGGAGGAUAAGCAGGAUGGAAGAAACUAAUGAUCAACUGCAAAAGAAAGUGGAUGACUUGGAACAUAAAAAUGAGAAAAUUACAUUGGAGUUGAGUAAUGAGAAUGAUCAGAAAAAAGAAAUUGAAAAGGAGGUGAGAAGUUUAAAAGACGAAAAGAAACCCCUGGAGCAGUUGAUGGAAGUACAGAAAACAGAAAAUAUGGAAUUACAAGAGGAAAUAUGUUGCUUGCAAAAUGCUAAAGAUGACCUUCUUAAAAAACUGAAUGAAGCUGAGGAGGAAAAACAAGAAGUUCUAAACGACUUUGGUAAAAAUAGGGAGAAAAAUGAAUCGCUUGAAGAGAGGAUAGGUUCAUUAUCAAACGAAAAUGAUGAAUUGAAUAGUAUGAUUUGCGCUUUGAAGAAAGAAAAAGAGGAAGGCAUUGAAAAGUUAAAUGAAAUAAACGAAGCAUUAAAAGAAAGUGAAAAUCGAAUUAGUGCUUUAGAAGACCUAGAAAAAGAAAAUGAAACCAUCAAAGAAACUAUUGCUUUGCUAGAAAGUGAAAACAACGAAAUGAUUCCCAUGAUCGAGGAACUUCGAAAACUGAAAAAGGAAUUGGAAGAUGAAGUUGAGUAUUUACGAAAAGAUUUAGAAUCAUUAAAGAAGGAAUUAAUUCAGGCUAAAGCUGAUCGAGAAAACGUCGAAGAAGAAGUGGCACGUUUGAGGGAAAAUAAGAAGAAAGUGGAGGAUUAUGUUCAAGUUGAGUUAGCUUUGGAUACUGAAAAUGGGAUAAAUUCGGCAUUGGAGAAGUAUAAGGAAAGUUAUGACGAUACUUUAAAGCAGAACAACUUUUUGAACGAAAAAUCUAAAGCGUUCGACAAUUUGCGGAACAUUGUCGGUAGCACUCUCUCGGAUAAGCUUUUGGAGAUGUCUAACGAAGAAAUUGUUUUUAAUGACACACAGGACAAUCCAAAAUGCUUGGAACAGUUUAUUAAAGAAAAUAAUAAAACUUUGGCAAGUAUUUUGAAAGAAUAUGAGGCGGAACUUGGUGUUUCGACGGAUGAUAAUUUGAUAAAUGGGAAUUAUUCUGGUAUUUUAAAGCCAUCAAAAACAGCUCUUUUGAAAGGUGAAAAUAUUUCUCCGACAGAACAAGAAAGUGAUGAUUUGGUGGAAAUUGAAGACCUUUUGAAAAAAAUUACAGAUCACGAGGCUGAGAUCAAAGAAGCGGAGGAAUUGCUUCACCUACAGAAGAUGAAACACGAGGCUGAAAAACAGAACAUGAUUGAACAAUUUAAUACAGAAAAAACAAACAUGCAACGAUUAAUCAACAAUGAGAGAACCUCGAUGGAAAAGGCGUUGCAAAAUCUCAUCAAUGAAAUCGUUCGUUUGAAGGAAGAACGAAAUGAAAUCAGAAAAAAUACCCGCAUUGAAAAGGAGAAGCUUUUGUCAGCCUUCGAAGAUGAACGAGUUGCGUUGUUAUCGAAAAAUGAAGUAACGAAGGAUGAGGUGGAAGAAAAAUGUGAAAAGAAAUUUCAGGAGGAAUUUGAGAAAGCGAAGAAAGACAUGGAAAAACGAGAAGCAAAAUUGGAAGAGGAAUUAUUGAAAUUAAAAAAGGAAAGAAAUGAUUUGGCAUCAAAAGUUGCAGAUAUGGCAGAAAAAAUUGAGAGUGAAAUGGCAGAAAAGGAAACGCUGGUAGUUUUAAAAGAAGCAGAAACAAAAGAACAAGUUAAGAAUGAGUUUGAAGAAAAAAUGAAAGUGGAGAGAAAGCGAUUCCAUGAAACAUUGAAUUCGUUGAGACAGGAAAUUGAAAGACUACAAAUGGAAAGAAAUGAAGUUAUAAAUGAAAUUUCUAAGAAACAAGGAGACCCUUUGAAACAGACCACCGAUUCUUCAAAAAGCGAAGCUACUAUUUACAAACGUCUGGAAUCAGAAUUCAAGAGCAAAAUAAACUCUGAGAAAACGUACAUGGAAAGUCGCAUUAAAGAAUUAAGAAAAGAGAACGAGGUUUUGAAUCAACAGAAACAGGAGUUGAAGAGCACUAUGAGAAUAGACAGGUUGCAAAUAAGUCAGAAAUAUGAACGAGAGAAACAACAACUGCAUGAAAAAUAUCGGAAUGAUUUGGAAACGAUGAGGAGAAAUCUUGAGAAGACAAAAGCCAGCCAUGAAUCCAGUGCUUUGCCUAAUCAGAACUUUUACGAGCUACGGAGAAAAAUUCGCGAUAGAGAUACAAAGAUCAAACGUUAUGAGACGUUCUUUAAAGAGCUUAAUAAAGAGGCUUCGGUGUUGCAAAAUUCUGACUUGGCUGUUAAUCAACUGGAAUUCCGUCAUAUUUAUUCCUGUGCCCAAAGUUUUAUCCGUCCAAGCGACGCCGUGUACUCAAAGAUCCAGCGUUUGGUUGGGGCCAAACGUCCCUUGGCAGUUCCUCCAGAAGAACUUGUUGCUGGCUUCGAUUUCGACGAAAUGACGGAUCCGUCGCAAUUACAACAAUUACAAUUAAACCAGGGAAUGCAAAGCCAGAUGAUGGCUGCAAGUCCUACACAAAUGCAGCAAGGGCAAAUGUCCAUGCAGCAUUUGUCCCCUGGUCAAAUGAGUGGUGGUAGUAGCCCAGGUUUUGCUGGCCAGUUGUCACCAGGUGCUCAGAUGAGUGGCCAAAUGAUGGUAGGUGGUGGUACGCAAAUGGGUGGCCAGAUGAUGGCAGGAGGUCAGAUGAUGGCGGGUGGCCAGAUGAUGGCAGGUGGUCAGAUGAUGCCUAGUGGUCAGAUGAUAGCAGGGGGUCAAAUGGUGGGUCAGAGUCCGACAGGGCAAUUUGCUGGUGGGGCACAAAUGAUGAGCCCGCAGAUGGUGGGUAGUAGUCCUACUAGUCCAAUGGCAGGUGGAAUGCUAGCGGUUAGCCCUACACCGCAAAUGGGUGGUCAGAUAUCGGUUAGUCCUACUGGUAUGGUACCUGGUCAAGGUGGUAUGGUACAAGAUGUUUCCCAGGUUAGUAUGGUGAGUCAGGGUGGUGCUGGUGUGAGCCAGGGUGGCAUGAUUAUAGCGAGUCAGGAUGGCACUGGCGUGAGCCAGGGUGGUAUGGCUAUAGCAAGUCAGGGUAAUGUAGUUAACCAAAAUAGUGUGAAUAUGGUCAGUCAGAGUGGUAUGAGUAUGGUAGGUCAGGGUGAUAGUGUUUCUCAGAGUAGUAUUGGUAUGGUUAGUCAAAUUGAUGUGGGUAUGGCAAACCAGUAUACUGGCCAAAAUCAAGUUGGUAUGGUUCAACAAGCUAUGGUAGAUCAGAAUAGCAUGGUUAGUCAGACAAUGGUUGGGGAAGCCAGUAUGGUUAGCCAGAGCCCAGUUGAUAUGGUAGCUCAAAGUCAAUUAGGAAUGGUGAGUCAGAAUCAGGUUGGAAUGGUAGUUCAGCAAGGCAUAGUAGAUCAAAAUAGUAUGAUUAGUCAGACAAUGGUUGGUGAAGCCAGUAUGGUUAGCCAGUCACAAGGUAUGGUAAACCAAGGUAUGGUAGACCAGGCAGUGGUUAGUCAGAGUAUGGUUAGUCAAAGUCAAGUUGAUAUGACAUCUCAAAAUCAAGUUGGAAUGGUGGUUCAACAAGGUAUGGUAGAUCAAGAUAGUAUGGUUAGUCAGACAAUAGUAAGUGAUUCGAGCAUUGUUAGCUCAGGUGUAGUGGGGGGAAGUGAGGUUGCCAUGGUCGGUGAGGUUGGGAUGGUGAGCAUGACAGGUAUGGAGAUGCAGGUGCAAGGUGGUAUGACAGGUAUGGAGAUGCAGGUGCAAGGUGGUAUGACAGGUAUGGGGAUGCAGGUGCAAGGUGGUAUGGUAAGUCAGUGUACGAUGGGCGAAGUAGGCAUGAUAAAUGAGGUUGGCAUGACAUCAACAAACAUCGACUCAACAACGAUAUCAACAAUGCCAACAAUUAUGGUUGAAUCUCAACAGAGUGUUACCGACCCUGGAUGUUCCAUGCAAGUGGUAGGCACAGUGGACCAGCAGCUAGACACAACCAUGCAAGUGGUAGGCACGGUGGACCAGCAGCUAGACACAACCAUGCAAGUGGUAGGCACGGUGGACCAGCAGCUAGACACAACCAUGCAAGUGGUAGGCACAGUGGACCAGCAGCUAGACACAUCAGUUACCAUGAGCGUCGUGAGUACCGUACCUGAUUCAACAAUGGAUCCCUCAGCUUGCGUUUAUCCCGUUUCCCCAGGGCCUAUUGCUGUAAGCCCCGCGCCACCCUCGGGUGGCUAUCCACUUUCCCCCUCUGGUCCAGGUUACACCAUGGAAACAAUCGGUGUUAUUCCUGGCGAAUGUGCAAUGUGUGUAUCAAAAUCUAAUGAAAUUCAAGAACUGGAAACGAAAAUAGAUACAAUAAAGGAUAACUUUGAAAUUGAACGCACUGAGGUGGAAACUCGCUACAUUAAACAAAUGAAAGAUAUUGAAGUACGUUGUCAACAAGAAAAAGAUGAAAUUCGUUCUGACGCCUUAAAAGAAGAAGAUAAUUAUGAAAGAAAACUGAAAGAAGAACGAUCCAGGCUUAGUGAACUUCAGUUGAAGUAUAAUAUGCUUCAGGCUGAGGCGGACAAUAAUGAAAAGUCUGGCAAAAGACAGGAAGACGAAAUUGAUGAAUUGGAAGAUAAAUUGAGAAAGACCAAGAACGAACGGGACCAAUUUGAUGAAAUGAAUCGAAGAUUGAAAAUGGAACUACAGCGGGCUCAGCAACAGACAUACUCUGAGCGAAGUUUAAUCAAACAACUACAAGAUAAGCUUUCUCAGAUUGAGAAUACCGAGAGGGAAUGGGUAACGAAGUACAAUCGAGAAAAGGAGAAAAUCACUGAACAUUCAGAGAAGAUCACAAUUAUUGAAAAUACUGUGACAAGUCUCGAGAACCAGAACAGAGAUUAUAUUGUUGAAAUUGAGCGUUUGAAUACGAGCCUCAAAAAAGAAAAAGAUGAAUGUAAUAACCUCCGCGCCAUGUUGGGAGAAGAAUCCAAAGAUGACGAAAAGCAGAACAAACUUAUUCUAGAACUUCAACGAAAAUUGAAAGACCUUCACGACUCAACUGAAGAUUUAGAAAACCAAUUGCGAAUUGAAAAAGAUAAAGUGAACAAACUGAACUCGGACAUUUCCCUACUUUCAACCGAGAAAACGAAAUUCCAGAAACUUUCAAAAGGCUUACGCGAAGAUGUGGACGAUAUAACAAGUAAAUAUACACGAGAGAAGAAUGAAGUUGAGAGAUUGGGAGAAGAACUUGCAAGACUCCGACGUGAACAUACUGAUUCUACGAAUGCGAUGAAUAUGGAAUCCGUAGUUAAUAGUUUUGAGGAAAAGAUUCGACGUCUGACAGCAGAGUGCGAUAGUUUUGAGGAAAAAUAUAAAUAUGAGAAACGCGAGAAGGUGGAAUUUGAGGAUAAGUUUCAUCGUGUGAAAAAUGAGGUCACCGACAUACAAGAGAAAUACCGUCGUGUAGACGCAGAGAGAGAUACUUACAUUCGGAAAUGUCGCGAAAUCACGGAAAAUUACGAACAAAAGAUUCGAAUGUUACAACAACAAAUAUCAGAACUUCGUACUCAAUCCUCACAAAGACAACCCACGCAACAGCCUGUUACGGUUCCCCAACCCGCCAUCGUUUCCUAUCCGACUGCGCCUUGUUACAUUGAUACAAUGAAUGAAUUGGGAAUCAGCAUUGAAAGAUAUAAUGAAAUGAAACACCAGAGAGACUCCAUUGAGCAAAGAUACAAUGCUUUGGUCGAUCUUCUUGCAAAGUAUGAAGAUGAGGUCCAGAAACUCGAAAAAGAAAACAAAGACUUCCGUUUGAAUGUCACAGAUGUUGACUACACUUCCAUCAAUAUCACAAAACAAGAAAGCAACGCGUCAUAUUCGUACGUUGAGUACAGACGAAUUGUUGAUGAAAAGGACUACUUUGAAGGUCGUUACAAGAAAGAAAAAGCUGAACGCGAGAAUGCAGAGAAGAAGCUCCGAGAUUUGAGAAAUGCUAAGGAGGAUCUUGAAGAUAAACUGAACGAUAUCGCUCGAGUCAUCACGAAAUACGAGCAAGAUACGAGAGCGUUCAAAAACGAGAAUGAUCAGCUCCGGCGGCAAAUUCAAGAUCUUUUGACGAAUGGAAAUUUCCAAAAGAAUAUCUCGGUCGAGUAUAACGUCACAAAGAGACAAAGAAGUGACUCGAAUAAAUCGCUGGAUAAAUAUAAGAAUGAGAUUGAUGAACUUCAUCGUGAGAAUGAAGAGUUCAAACAGUUGCUUGAUUCGUUGGACAACAAAGAUGGACGAGGAGGUGACAAAGACGAUGGAAAGAAUAACACAGGGAAAGUUCGUGCUCUAGAAGGCGAGGUGAAUAGUUUACAGACUAUUAUUACAGAACUUGAGAAGACCAUCGCGUAUCAAAACAAAACUGCUGAAGAUGCUAAGCUUCAAUUGGAGGACGAAAAAUGGAGAUUGAGGGAACACGUACAGAAACUUGAGGAUAAGGUAAAAGAUCAAGUGCGUAUGAUCGAUGAUUACGAUCGUAAGAUUGCAGAUCUUCGUAAUAAAUUCACGAAUGAAGUGAGCAAUCUUGGCGAGAAGCUUGUAAAUGAAGUGGACAGAAAUAUGAAACUUGAAGAACAUAUCAAACAACUUCAGAAACACUUGGAUGAUUUAGACGGUGAAAGGCGGGAGAUUUUGACCAAGUAUGACGCUGUGACUGUCAAUGAACAAGAGUUUGUCAGAGAUAUGGAGGACCUGGAGGAUAGAUACAAGGUGGACAUCACGGAACUUCAGAGUCGUCUUAACCAGGAAAUGAACGAGAAGUCGAACCUGAAUCGUGAUAUUCAAAAUCUUCUCGAUGAGCUUGAUAAUUUACGAGCCCGCGAAAAUGCAAUCGAAACACAAUUUAUCAGAGAACGAGACGAGAUCAAAGGUCAUUAUGAGUUUGAAAAGAUCGAUCUUCUUCGUCAGUAUCACGAGGAAAACACGCGUAUCAAGGGUCAGUUGGAUGAUGAAAAGAGACGUCGUAAACAACUCGAGGAUGAAAUUGAAAUAUUGAGGAGAAAGCUCGCUGCUCAAGGUAUUACAGCUCAUGUGGACAGCGGUAGUGCAGGACGUGGAGACAUGAACAUCUCUCUGGGUGAUGACAACAGACGUCGUGAUUAUCUCGAAGAAGAAAACAAGAAACUACUAUAUCAAAUGAACCUCUUGCUCUCCAAGAAGGACGGCGGCGGCGGCGGCGAUGAUGUACGAGAUACUGGCAGUCGUACGUCGGAUAGUUCCGAUGAUAUCACGAGACUGAGACGAAAGCUGGCGGUUGUCGAGGAGGAGAGAGAUAAAUUCGAACGAAUGAAGAAAGAUUUAGAGUAUGAAAUGGAUAGAUACAAAUCCAAGUGUGAUACUCUCCAAACUGAAAUUGAAAGACUUCGUGAAAUGGAGCGUAAAACUCGAGAUCUCACUGAUGAAGUGCGGUCGUUAAAGUCGAUAAACGACGAAAUGAACCGAAAACAACGCGACCUCAUGUCGGAAAACGACAACCUGAAUCGUACAUGUCAGGAUCUAGAGCGAGAUAAUCGCAAACUGCAAAUGGAAAUUGAUCAUUUAACCAUGCAGCUCAAGAAGAGUGGUGGAAACGUUGGCACAACAAAUAUCAGAGAUGAGACAACGGUCGUCAACACUGGCGGUCGCAGUGAUCAUGAAAUGUUAAGAAUGAAACAAGAAUUUGAUAACAGACUUAAGGAACAAGUAGACGCCAACCGACAGUUGGAGAAAAAUGUCCGUGAUUUACAACGAGAAAUGGACGGAAUGCACGACAGUCGAUCUUUGAUACAAUCCAACUUUAAUCAACAGAAGGAAUUCCUGAUGCAGCAAAUCGCAUCUGGCUCUGUGAGAGGUGAUGUUGAUAGAGAAACCAGCCGUAACAACGAGGAAUGGAAGAGACGAAUCGAAGAUUCCGAGCGACGCUUCAAGAGCGAGUUAGACCGGUUAGAAAAUGAGAAGAAAGACCAGUGUGACCGGUUGAAGAGAGAAAAAGAUCAAAUGGCUGAGAGAUAUAGUCGUGAGAAAGAAGAAAUGAGACGAAAGAUUUUUGAUAUUGAAGAACAAAUGAGACGCAAGGAAUCAUCAUGGCAGUCUUCUGUUCCCGCACCAGUCCAGCCCGUCUCCUACCCGUCCCCAGUUUCUCACGGUCGUGAUGAUAUCCAGAGUAUCAUACGAGAGAAGGACUCCUAUAUCGAACAACUGAAAACAGAGAAAUACGAAUCAGUGAGGAACUUCGAGCGGGAAAAGAAUAGAAUGGUGAUGGACUUCGACAUGGAAAGAAAUAAAGGAAAGAAAACAGUAGAUGAGCUGGAAGAUGCUCUAAGAACGUUGAGGAAACAGAAAGCUGAAUUGGAGGAGAAGGUAACAUAUGAAAUGGUACGGGACAUGGAAAUGAAACACACGCGGGAGAAAGAUCGUUUGGAGAAUGAAUUCAACGAAGAAAAGCGUCAGCUAAAGAAGAACUUGGACAGGGACAUGGAAGCGAGGCGGGAAGAUAUGAAGCGAGAAUGUGAGAUCAAGUACACUAAAACUAUUAACGACCUGGAACGAGAGAAAGCGAGGUUGCUUGGCCGUCUUGAGCGUGAACGAGGAGAGUUAAGCACAUUUGGCAGUCAGAUAAACCAGACAAGCACAACUUUCGAGGAAUCCAACACGACACUUGUCUCUUCAAAAUACGAGGCUGAAAACCGCGAGUUGCAGCGUCGCUUGAAGGAGCAAGCACAGAACUUCGAACUGGAAAAACAGGAAUUACUAAAACGCUGCGAACAAGAAAAACGAGUUAUCGAAGCACGCCUUGUACACGAAAAGAAAGUUCUAGAGAUCUCCGUCCAAGCAAUGACGCGGGAAAUCGCAAAACUCAAACACGAACGAAACGAAAUUCGCAAAAACUACAAAGCUGAGAUUGACAAACUUCGAACACAACUCGGACACGGAGGAUUCGCAGCCACGCGUGAAAGUAACACCACGAAUAUCACGCGUGAAGUCCACACAAGUAACACGAGCAGUAACACAAGUAUUUCAGUGAUGGCCAUCGAAGAACGGCACACGUUUGAGAAGACCAUCGAUGAGUUGAACGAAAAGGUGCGUGACCAUGAAACCACGGUACAGAAACUGGAGAGAAAUCACACUGAGGAAAUACGGUUCAUGGUGAAGAACUUUGAGAACGAAAAAUCAGAUUUGGAGAAUUCUUGGAUGUUGGAGAAAGGACGAAUUCAAGCGAGCAUUGAAACUAGCUAUGAACAGAAAUUGAUGGAUGAGAAAAAGAAAUUUGAGGUAACAAUGACAGCAUUACGUCGGGAAGUGAACUGUCUACAAGAUCAAAGACGUCUUCUUCAGAUGAAGAUCACCAGUAAUUCAGCCUUCGUUGGCGAUAAAGAUGCUUUCGACCGCGGCAUCAGUGACUACAAGCGAGAUGUUUUGGAAAAACUUCAACGAGAAUAUGGUGAGAGAAUUGAACGAGAGCGAAGGCCUCUUGAAGACACGAUUAAAGAAUUGAGAAGAGAAGUUGAUGACCUUCGUCGGGAGAGGAAUGAGAUUCGUUCUACCUUCAGGCAGGAAAAGGUAAAGUUACAAGAGGAGUUCGACCGGGAACGUGAUAGACUGACACGAGAGAGACACGAAAUAAGGAUCACUGGUGGUGUUGGCGGUUUGGGAGGGAUCUCUGGUGGCGUUGGCGGUUUGGGAGGGAUCGCUGGUGGUGUUGGUUUAGGAGGAGUGGCAGGAGCCAUCUUGGGUGCUAGUGGCGCUGGGGGUAGAUUGGGACCUAUUGACGGCGAUAAGGUACCUAAGGACAAAGAUGACCCAUUAAGUCAAAUCGAAAAAUCUUUUCAAGAGACAAACGUGAAGAGAAUAGAAGCUGAAAACGUGUCUCUUAAAGAAGAAAACACUCGACUUGUUAAUGAUAACCGUAGUUUGAAUGCAAAAUUGGAAGCUUUAGAAAUACGUAACAAACACUUGGCCUUGGCUGUAAAUAAGAAGGACAGACCACGCAGAGGUUAUGGCAGUCGAAGUCCAACACGACCUAGCGCUCUUGAUGGUCUGGUACCAAGUGGCGGAUCUCAGACCACAGGAUCGUCACCUGGCCGCCGUUAUCCAGGAGCCGCCAACAUUACUGGUCAGCGUUAUCCUGCCGGUGGAACGUCCCCCUUGCGUGGAGGCUAUUCACCCGGUGGUCGAUACCCGGGCGGUCUCGGAGGAGUGUCAACAUCCCCCGUGGCAGGUUCGUAUCCAGGAAGUGCAGGACCGUAUGGUGUCGGUUCACCAGGUUCGGGACAUCCAGGACCCCUGGGGACUCGUGGUGGAGUUACUUCAUCUCCGACCGGUGGAAAGUAUCCCCUCGGCGGCCCAUAUGGAGGUUCUUCUCCAGGAACAGGAGUUAUUCCUGGACAAGCUGGAUCUCCUUCAUCAGGUGUACCUGGACGGUUAUCCUCGCCAAGUGGAAGCACGCCCUACAACCGACCAACUGGCAUUACAGCUCGUCCUGGAGGAAAUGCGCCGGGAUCUGGAUUCCCGUCAGGUAGAGAUCCCUCUCCAGGAAGUCGUCCUGGCGGAGCUGGCGGUGUUCCCUCUGGGGCUUUGUCACCUAGACCAGGAGCCCGGGGGUUUUCAGGGCGCGAUCCUUCCCCAGGAUACCCUGGUGGUCGACCAACCCUAACUACGAUAUACGACACCUCACCGACAAGACAUCAGUCAGAACGACCGGUCGGCAGCGUAGAUACCAGAGAAAUCUCAGUUCGAAACACUUCACUUCAUCAACGAAGUUUGUCGGCUGAGUACCUACUCGGGCGUGGCACUGACGUGUCCUACCGAUCACGCCCUCUCGGUGCCAGUCUCCACGGAAGGCUCGGUCCAGGCCUUGGUGGAUACACUGACGUCACAAAUAUUCGACGUUCAUACGGCAUCGGUCGAGCGCCUAUCCCAUUUGGCCUUGGUAACGCUGGGUAUAUAGGAGACGGACAAUAUGCCCCAGGAGGAUAUGAUGGGUACAUUGAUGACACUGGUCUAGGAGUAGAUGCAAACUAUGGGGGAGGUGGAUGUGGUAUCCACGGAUAUCCACCAGCGAUCAACGUCGAUCAUCAUCACACAUGCUCGGGCGGCCAGCAAACCGAUGGACAGCAGAUUCAGUGCGGAGGACAACAAGUCCAGACAACUGGUCAACAGGCACAAUGUGGAGGACUGCAGGCUCAGGAUGGUGGUCAGCAAUCGCAAUGUGGUGCAGUGCAGGGUCAAGUCGAUGGCCAAGUUCAAGUAUCAGUUUCGCCCACUGGAUGUGCGAUUGGUCAACCAGCGGCUACACAAGGUACCAUUGAUCUAAAUCAAGUUGGGCAAACAGCUGUAAUCUCGCCAACUUCUGAAGGUAAAGAUACUUCUAGUUCAACCAGCAGCGACUCGGAGAAAGAAUAAAUGAAAGGUCGAUAUUUACUUUAAACAUUUUUAUUAAGAAAUAAAUAAGGAAUUAUCCUAAAGCUGAUCACAAAGCAUAAACUUUAAUCUAUAAUUACCUAAAUAUAUAAGAUUUAAAUUAAUAAAAUAAAAGCAAACCUUCCAGUUUUUUUUUAAUUGACAUUUAAAUGUACCCAAAUAUUUUGUCUACUAAUAUAAUAGUGUAAUCAAACAGUAUCAUCCAAACAAGUAAUUAAAUUAUGUAUCAAAUUAGUUUUAACUUUGUGAAUAAUUAUUCAUGAAAUAAUAAUUUUUUUUUACAUAUAUUUUGCACUGUAUUGCACUAUUUUGUCAAAACCGCACGAAAUAUUAUAUUUCACAAUUCACCAUCGCACAAAUCGCUCAGCACGAAAUGCACAGCAUGAAACGCACAACACGAUACGCACAGCACGAAAUGCACAACAGCACUGUAACUACAUUCUUUUUCUAAAGAGGCACAGUAUUAUAUUUGCUUUAGUGCCGUAUACAUACUAAAUGUCAAAGGUCAUUGUUGUAAAUUAAUAUAAAAGCAAUAAAACUCUU